AUGGCGGACCUGACGGAGAAGGUUGUUGAAAAGCUAGAGGUCGCCAAAGAGGCCACCAAGGAAAGCCUCGUUGGUGUUGAGUUGGAGAACCAGUCGUCGGAGCAGUCACGCGCCGAGUUCAUGCAGUAUGCGCAGAAGGAUGAGGAGACCGGCGAGUUCUACAUGAAUGAGAAGGCAUUCGUGGACGCUGUCGCACCGGAGGGUGAGGAUUACCACAAGAUCAAGCGCGAGCAGUAUGCCGUGCUCUUCCAAGUCGCCGAUCGUUCGCAGAAGAACCGCGUGUCCCUCGCAGACUGGUCUGUCUUCAACAACCUUCUAGCGAAGCCUGACGCCGAGUACGAAAUUGCCUUCCGCCUGUUCGCAGACCCAAGCUCAGGUCUCGUCGACUUCAACACCUUCAAAGAUGUCUACGCGCGCAACAAGACUUCAGACACAGUGCCCUUCAACUGGGACAGCGAUUGGGCCAAGUUGUACCUUGGCGGCAAGAGACACAGACAUUCGAUGACAUACCCACAAUUCGCGCAGAUGCUCCGUGGUCUGCAGGGAGAGCGUGUCCGUCAGGCAUUCCUGCACUUCGAUCGCAACGGCGAUGGCUACAUUGAGCCCGAGGACUUUCAGCGCAUCAUUGUUGAGACGGCCGCACAUAAGUUGUCCGACCACUUGCUCAGCAACUUGCCGACACUCUGCAACAUCUCUCCAGGCUCGCGCAUAUCAUACGCGAACGUGAGAGCGUUCCAGAAUGUCAUCCGCGAGAUGGACUUGGUGGAGCUUCUCAUUCGCAAGGCAAUCGAUCGCAGCAGCGAUGGCAAGAUAACACGCGUGGACUUCCUGGAGGAGGCAUCUCGCAGCACUCGCUUCUCACAGAUGACCCCCAUGGAGGCUGACAUCCUCUUCCACUUCGCCUCCCUCGACCAGCCAUCAGGUCGCCUCGGCAUUCAAGACUUCGCCCGCGUUCUCGACGCCAGCUGGCACGCCGGUCCUGAUGGUCGCGACUCACCAUUGGGUGGUGUAGCUGAGGUUGGCGUCAAGGAGCACACACGUACCGGCAGCGUCCUCCACGAUGUUCUCGUUUCCGUCCACCACUUCGGUCUCGGAUCCCUGGCUGGAGCCUUCGGUGCCUUUAUGGUCUACCCCAUCGAUCUGGUCAAGACUCGCAUGCAGAAUCAGCGCAAGGCCGGCGCAGGAAACGUACUCUACAAGAACAGCAUCGACUGUUUCCAGAAGAUCAUUAGAAAUGAGGGAUUUCGUGGUCUUUACGCUGGUGUCUUGCCACAGCUUGUCGGUGUUGCGCCUGAGAAGGCCAUCAAGCUCACCGUAAACGACCUUGUGCGGGGCAAGAUGACUGACGCAAAGAACGGCCAGAUCCCAUUCUGGGCAGAGAUGCUGGCAGGUGGUUCUGCAGGUGGAUGUCAAGUCAUCUUCACCAACCCGCUCGAGAUCGUCAAGAUCCGUCUUCAGGUGCAGGGUGAGGCCAUGCGUGCCGCAGCUCAGGAGGGUGAAGUGAUUAAGAAGCGCUCCGCCCUCUGGAUUGUGCGACACUUGGGUCUCGUCGGUCUCUACAAGGGAGCAUCGGCAUGUCUCCUCCGAGACAUUCCUUUCUCAGCGAUCUACUUCCCGACCUACGCUCAUCUCAAGAAGGACAUGUUCGGAGAGUCACCAACCAAGAAGCUUGGCGUCCUCCAGCUCCUCACCGCCGGUGCUAUUGCCGGUAUGCCAGCUGCCUACCUCACCACUCCCGCCGACGUGAUCAAGACUCGUCUCCAAGUUGAGGCUCGCAAGGGCGACACCACAUACACCGGCCUCACCGACUGCGCCCGCAAGGUCUUCAAGGAGGAGGGCUUCAAGGCCUUCUUCAAGGGUGGCCCAGCCCGUAUCAUGCGAUCCUCACCACAAUUCGGUUUCACCCUCGCCGCAUACGAAGUCCUCCAAGGCGCGCUCCCCUUCCCAGGCGGCGAGCACGAUCAAGAGCUCCGUGGCGAGAAGCUCGAGCCUGCAGGAGGCCUCGGAUCAGCUCAAGCAUCGCUGCCGCAUUUGCGUUGCCGAAACGCACUCAAGAUCAUCAACGACCUCGACCUGGGAUUCGGCAAGAUGAAGGCACCGCACCCAGAGGGCGGCAUGACUUCGUGGAUCGGCGGACGCGCUCGUGACGCGGUGUCGCCAUCGGCGGAGAAGUGA